AUGGCCGCCACGUUGGCGGCGGCGGCCGCUCCGCUCGCCAGCCAGCCGCGAGUGUUUGGAUAUUGUCGCGCGAGGGUAGUGCGUCCGUCGUGGCGGAUCAUCGCGAGAGGCGCCCUUGGAAUCGAGGUCACCGGGGAGGAUGACGGAGAGGACCUCUCCAUGGAAUUCGCUAACAUCCACGAGGGAGAGUCGCGGCGCAGGUCGUGCGCCGCGGACGUCGUUCGCGUGGCGCUGCACGGCCAGCGGACCGAUGGAGACGACGCGAUCGAGCGAUGCCUGAAGCGUCUGCCGCUUCCGGACCUGCAGGUUCCGAAAUCGCUCCUCAACCUCGCCUCUCCCGGGUCCUCCUCCCCUUCGCACGCGCUGCGGAGCUCGCUGCACCCUCGGAAAUUGAGAGUACCCGACGUCGAGGACGCGCUCGUGUGCGGAUGCGAGCUCACCCCGGGCCCUCGCAGGGACGGCGCGAGACGGAUGCGGUGCAGGAGGGCGAACGAGUACCUCGCGGAGCUGUUCCUCCUCGCGGGGUUGCACCUGGAGGGACCGACCCGGCCGAACCCUCUGAGCCGCUUCGACCUCUUCCACGCGCACCUCUGGACGGGCGAGACGUCGUGCGAGGGCCGCGUCGUUCCGGUGGUCGGGUUGCUGAUGCACGCGAUGGAAUACCCCCGCGCGGACCCGAGUGCGGGGUUCGAGCUGGACCUGGGUCGAUGCCACUUUCAAAGCUCGUGCGCGUACGACCCGGCGGCGAUGGCGUCGAGAAAUCUUCUCUGGUGCGCGACCGCGGAUGAGGGAUGGGCCGAGUUCUGCGCGCUCGAUACCUCGGAGGGGAAGGCGCUCGGCGAGAGGGGGUUGUGCGUCGUGCCUGAGCUGCACACGACGUUCGAAGGGGACUUCGGGGAGGUGGCGGGGGAUGUGUUGUAUCUUCACGCACCUCUCGACAGGCGGGCGCGGGAAAAGGUCUUCGCCUUUCCUCGAUAG